ACCUACGUCUUUCAGCCUCCGCUGUUUUUGAGUUGCAAAUGAUCAGGGUCUCUGCUGAACUGCAGGCAGCCGGUGCUGGUGCCUGGAAGUAGAUUUCCAUCUCUCAGACUCUAGUUCCAAUGGGCCGGCUGUUCUGGGAGGGGGUGGCAGGAGGGAGGAGGAUGCUGUGAGCAGAGUUCUUGAAGCUCCGCUCCUCUGGGGAAGCCGAGCUGUGUGGGAGCCUUUCCUCAGUGAGCCGCGAGCGUGUGAAUUGGAAAGGAUCCUGAGAGCGAGCUAGUCCCAGCUCCUCUCCGGAAAGCAGUUCUCUCGCCCAGAGAUGCGCCCAGCCUUCGCCUGCAUCACACUGCAUUAACGCAUUACUGAAACUCCAAACAUCCAUAGUAGUUUCAUGUGGACAGAUUGCAUAUUUUGAAAGCUCCAGGUUAUUUUAUCAUUGAACAUGCCUCGUGGAAUCUUUGAAGCAUAGAGCUCUGCCCAGCACCCGAAUAGAGAAUCCGUCCCCUGGCAUGUGAGAAGAGCUUCUCACCACCAUGACAAACCAAGAAAAAUGGGCCCACCUCAGCCCUUCAGAAUUUUCUCAGCUUCAGAAAUAUGCUGAGUAUUCUACAAAGAAGUUAAAGGAUGUUCUUCAAGAAUUCCAUGGUAAUGGUGUGCUUGCAAAGUAUAAUCCUGAAGGGAAACAAGACAUUCUUAACCAAACUAUUGAUUUUGAAGGUUUCAAACUAUUCAUGAAGACAUUCCUGGAAGCAGAGCUUCCCGAUGAUUUCACUGCACACCUUUUCAUGUCAUUUAGCAACAAGUUUCCCCAUUCUAGUCCAAUGGUAAAAAGUAAGCCUGCUCUUCUUUCUGGUGGUCUGAGAAUGAAUAAAGGUGCCGUUACCCCGCCCCGUACCUCUCCCGCAAAUACGCGUUCCCCAGAAGUGAUCCACCUGAAGGACAUUGUCUGUUACCUGUCUCUCCUUGAAAGAGGACGGCCUGAGGACAAGCUUGAGUUUAUGUUUCGCCUUUAUGACACGGAUGGGAAUGGCUUCCUGGACAGCUCGGAGCUAGAAAAUAUCAUCGGUCAGAUGAUGCAUGUUGCCGAGUACCUUGAAUGGGAUGUCACAGAACUUAAUCCAAUUCUCCAUGAAAUGAUGGAAGAAAUUGACUAUGACCACGAUGGAACAGUGUCUCUGGAGGAAUGGAUUCAAGGAGGAAUGACAACUAUUCCACUUCUUGUGCUCCUGGGCUUGGAAAAUAACGUGAAGGAUGAUGGACAGCACGUGUGGAGACUCAAGCACUUUAACAAACCUGCCUACUGCAACCUGUGUCUGAACAUGCUCAUCGGCGUGGGGAAGCAGGGCCUUUGCUGCUCCUUCUGCAAGUACACAGUCCAUGAACGCUGUGUGGCCAGAGCACCUCCCUCUUGCAUCAAGACCUAUGUGAAGUCCAAAAAGAACACGGAUGUUAUGCAUCAUUACUGGGUUGAAGGCAACUGCCCGACCAAGUGCGAUAAGUGCCACAAAACGGUGAAAUGUUACCAGGGCCUGACAGGACUGCAUUGUGUUUGGUGCCAGAUCACAUUGCAUAAUAAAUGUGCUUCACAUCUAAAACCUGAAUGUGACUGUGGACCUUUGAAGGACCAUAUUUUACCACCCACAACCAUCUGUCCAGUGGUAUUGACUCUGCCCACUUCAGGAGUUUCAGUUCCUGAGGAAAGACAAGCAACAGUGAAAAAAGAAAAGAGUGGUCCCCAGCAGGCAAACAAAGUGACUGACAAGAACAAAAUGCAAAGAGCCAACUCCGUUACUGUGGAUGGGCAAGGCCUACAGAUCACUCCUGUUCCUGGUACUCACCCACUUUUAGUUUUUGUGAACCCCAAAAGUGGUGGGAAGCAAGGAGAACGAAUUUACAGAAAAUUCCAGUAUCUACUAAAUCCUCGUCAGGUUUACAGUCUUUCUGGAAAUGGACCAAUGCCAGGGUUAAACUUUUUUCGAGAUGUUCCUGACUUCAGAGUGUUAGCAUGUGGCGGAGAUGGAACUGUAGGCUGGAUUUUGGAUUGCAUAGAAAAGGCCAAUGUAGUCAAGCAUCCUCCAGUUGCAAUUCUGCCUCUUGGGACCGGCAAUGAUCUAGCAAGAUGCCUGCGAUGGGGAGGAGGUUAUGAAGGUGAGAAUCUGAUGAAAAUCCUAAAAGACAUUGAAAACAGCACAGAAAUAAUGUUGGACAGGUGGAAGUUUGAAGUCAUACCUAAUGACAAAGAUGAGAAGGGAGACCCAGUGCCUUACAGUAUCAUCAAUAAUUACUUUUCCAUUGGCGUGGAUGCCUCCAUUGCGCACAGAUUCCACAUCAUGAGAGAAAAACACCCAGAGAAAUUCAACAGUAGAAUGAAGAACAAAUUUUGGUAUUUUGAGUUUGGCACAUCUGAAACUUUCUCAGCCACCUGCAAGAAGCUACAUGAAUCUGUAGAAAUAGAAUGUGAUGGAGUACAGAUAGAUUUAAUAAACAUCUCUCUGGAAGGAAUUGCUAUUUUGAAUAUACCGAGCAUGCAUGGAGGAUCCAAUCUUUGGGGAGAGUCUAAGAAAAGACGAAGCCAUCGCAGAAUAGAGAAAAAAGGGUCUGACAAAAGGCCAACCCUCACAGAUGCCAAAGAGUUGAAGUUUGCAAGUCAAGAUCUGAGUGACCAGCUUCUGGAAGUGGUUGGCUUGGAAGGAGCCAUGGAGAUGGGGCAAAUAUACACAGGACUGAAAAGUGCUGGCCGGCGACUGGCUCAGUGCUCCUGCGUGGUUAUCAGGACUAGCAAGUCUCUGCCAAUGCAGAUCGAUGGGGAACCAUGGAUGCAGACUCCGUGCACAAUAAAAAUUACACACAAGAACCAAGCUCCAAUGCUGAUGGGCCCUCCUCCCAAAACGGGGUUAUUCUGCUCACUCGUCAAAAGGACAAGGAACCGAAGCAAGGAAUAAUACUGUAUCGUUUUGAUCUUAGAAAUCUGAAUAGCAUAGUAGGGCCAUGGAACACUUACGCUGGAAAUCUUUGAACCGUUUCAAGUCUCCUGCUCAUGCAAAAUUAUGGAAUUGGUUUAAUAGUUUUUGUUACUGAGCUAAUGUAAAAUUCAGCUAUUAGAAAAUCUACUGUCUCAGUUUUUAUGGGCAUCUUUGCAUGAAGAAAGCAGACAUUUACAUGAAGUGAUACCGCAUAUUUUUGUUGCAUGCAUUUCCAUAGAUUUUUAUGUCUCCAACCAAUCUCUCCCCCAAUUUCCACUUAAUAACCUGUGUGAAAAUUUUGUGAAACAUGAAAAAGGAGAUACCAUGGGAAAUGUGAUUCUCAGUAUGAUUCCAGUUCUUACUAAGCACUAAUUAGUAAUGCAACAAUGACCAUAAUUGUGGAUUGCUGUAUCUUCCUCUUCCUAUCAAUGUAUCAAUGACCUUUGACCUAUGACUUGUGGAGAAACUUUUGAUUCAAAGGUUUUAUUACAUAAUUGUUUAUGAUAACUUGCUAUGUAUUAACAAUUUUUCUUCAAAAUCUUAACACUUCCAAUUGCAAAUUGAAAUAUCAGGUAUAAAGUUUUCUUGUGCUAGAAAAUAGAAAAAUGGUUUUUAUUUUGUUUAGCUUUGGUUUUAAUUCCAGAAAAAAAGUAAAAACAUGUUACUUGGCAGUAAAAUAUGGUACUACAACAAGCCUUACUCCUUUCUGCUUGAGAAUCUACAGAGAAUUCAUAAUCACAUCAGUAACCAAAUAGAUAUUUUAAACCAUGUGCCUAAUUAAUGUGUUUCCCACCAAAGAUUCGAAAAAAGAUGCUUGAAAGAAAUGAGUUAAUGCAUAAUUAAUUAAGCAUUGUGGAACAAAUUUAUGGUUCUUCUGAUUAAUUUUGUGAUGACUAAGAUGCUGAGAGUGAGUUACCCAUUAAUUAUGAUUAAAAUUCUCGCCUUUCACAGACAAUAGAUGAUACAACACAAAGCUCAAUGGCUGAUUUCUUGCUUUUUUUGGUCAUUUAUAAAUAUAGGUGUCUAAUUUUUAAUGGAUCAGUUAAGCACACUUGAAGGAAGUAAAUGUUUGUAUCAGUUCCUUUCUAGUAUAAAUUGGUACCUGGAAUAAUUUUGAGCUCAUGAUGGAAGCAAAUUAUGCAUGCAAUUAGCCCCCUCCCCUUCCCACGGAACUCCCAUCUCUGUGACAUUUCAAAUGUUUAUUUGGAAAAUAAUGGCCUAGAUUGUUUUGAAAGGUGUUCAUGGCAUGGAUGGAUUCCCUGAUUGUUUAAAGAAAUCACGGAGUGGUAUUUACCCCAUUGUUUCAUUAAGCCUCUUCUAUGAAAAGAAAUGUUUGUGAGCGGUCUCGGGACUGUUCAUUCCUAUCGACCUGCAUCUCAUCAUUGCAUGUUUUAUGUUUUCAAACAUGCCAUAAGGAAAAGAGUGCUUGAAAUGCAUGAUUUAUUAGUUUCUCUCUCCACUCUGCAUUGAAGUGCUAAUGAUUUAUCAGUUCUAUUUUGUUAUUGAUUCAUUCAUCUUUGAAUAACAAAUAGCGUUCAGUGAUUCUGUUGAACACAAACCUGUGCAUGGAUUUAUGGAUUUCAAGUAAAAUUGCUAUAAUUUUAGUUCUUUGGUUUGAAAACUCAACUGAAUACUGUUAUAUUAAAUAGCUAUUCUCAAGCCAUGUGCUAUAAUGGAAGAUGAUGUGUACAGUGUAUUCUACAUAGUUCCAGGAACAUUGGAUGGUAAAUAUCAAUCAACAAUAAGUUUAAUUGCUUCAAAAAUAAAAGCGUUUGAAUAAAAUAAAGACAUAAUUUAGCAUUCCCAGGAAAAUUAUGAUUACAAUUGCAAAUUUAGUACAGCAGUCACUUGCCCUGGUAUAAUUUUUAAAAAAGUUGUUUGGCAGAACAGUAAUCUAGACCAAAAGAAAUCUCAAAAUAGUAAUAAAUGCAUUACUGAUGUAAUGUUACAUAACACACACAUCGAUUUUGUGUAUCUAUGGUUACAGGUAAUAUCACAUGAAUUGACAAAAUUUUUUACAAUGGGCAGGCAGGCUUUAUGUCAAACACAUAUUUUGAAGUCACAAAUUAUUUUAUAUUCGCUACAACAUACAAUUAUUUCUUGGCUACCUUUUAUAGACUGAAGACAGCAACAGUUUGUGAAUCAUUCUUAACAAUCUGUGCAAUGGAAAACUGUUGGAUAGACAGUGGGAUGAGACAAAUUAAACAACCUGCCUGUAAGAUUUCAAUAAUUGGAAUAAUGGGAUACAGUUUCUCUUCAAUGUAGCUAUAUAACCAUAAUCAGUGCUAAUAGUAGUUACAUUUUCAGUCACUUGGAUUAUUGGGGCCAAUAACAAACUUUCAACUAUGAAUCAAAUUUGACUUUUCCCAACUCAUUUUCUAAAGAUACUAAUGUGCUUGCCCUUCACGUACACUCCUCCUGGGGUUUGGAAAGUAGAUUUUAAAAACCUACUUUGAUGAUUUUGAAAUCAGAGAAGACAUUCUCCCCAUUUUUAUGACAGUUUCAUGUGAAAGCUAUAUAUUUUAAGGAAUAUUCUACACUGAAAGUUCUAUGUGCAUUAAAAUGUUCAGUUAUAAAUGUUAGAUUUACGUGAGGAGAAUUUUUCUUCUAUGUGUGUUUCAGUGUUUGAGUUGUUGAGUCAAGGUCUUUUAAAUAUAGUAGACAUAGUGGUGUCAAGUUCUAAGUGGAUAAAGCUCUUAAAUGAAAAUUAACACUGGACUUAGGGCACGCAGACAGAAUGGAAAAAAAGAUGUGUACUCUGCUACACACUGCCAAAUGUGGCACUGGUAGGCAUAGAGAGAUUCCAAAAUAAACCUCCAUGUCCACAUGUCUGAGAAACAGGGAUGGAGGUAUCUAUGUAGAAGCAGAAAUGUUAAAGGAUGUAAAUGUGAUUUUCCAUUUCCAUGUGUAGACCACGUGUAUUCGAUUAAAAAUCCUGGUCCAUACAUUGUGGUGAAAGGUGAUAUCUUGUAGAAAGUGAGAAAAAAAUAACAUUUUAACCAUUUUUAUUUUGAAAUAGGUUCAUACACUCAAAAUCAGAAUAAAGCAAAGGCUCGGAUGUUUAGUGUAAAUAGUCUACUACAGGCAGAAACUUAAAUCCAGUGAUACUAAUAAGUCACGUACAUAUUUCCACAUUUUGUUCUGUUUUCCCUUUUUAGGGGGAUGGGAAGUGACAGCAGUUUUCAAGGACGAAUCUGUUUUGAAAUUCAGACUGUAUUCUACUUGAAUAAGGAAAGACUUUAGAUAGUUCCAUUCCUUUUUGUGUGUUAGUUUGUUGUUUAUUGGUUAUGAAAAAGAAACUAAACUUUUUAUGGUACAUGUAACCUGCGAAGAAUUAUUCAAUACAGACCGUAUAUUCUCCAUUAAAAUAUUAAGCCCUUGUAAUGUACAUUGAGGUUGUAAACUUUAAGAAAGUAAAUAAAGCCCUUAAUAAAAGAGCUUCCAUUUUAUGAAAGGCAGAAAUCACCCCUUAAAACUCCCAAUUAAAUUGCAUCGCAUUUAAAUAAAGUUUGACUAACCUCAUAUUUGGAAAAUUCUGUACCUCGUACUUGUGUUGAAAAACGUGGAAUUCAUUUAAUUAGAGAAUCUUAAUUAUUUUCUCAGAAAAUGAUAUAUACAAUAUCCUGCUUUUUGAAAUAAAAA